GCUCCAUCUCUCUUCUUCUGAGUGGCUGUAUGAUGCUUGUAAGCUGUGCCAGUCCCCAUUAGCAUCCCAUUAUAAACCAGCAUGAUCACUCGUCACUUAAAAUGCCUGCCACAGCAUGCUCUGUGUGUGUGUGUGUGUGUGCGGGUGUGUGUCUGUGAAAGUUUUUUUUUUUUCUUUUAAAGCACGUGCGUGAACGUGAAAAAGAAUCACAGUCAAGUGAUUGAGAUGGCCUUGUUUCAGAAGGGGUUUAGAAAAAAAAAAAAGAAAGAAAGCGGUAGCAGAGCCUUGCAGUGGAUGCAAUUUCAUUUAAAUGUCUCUGCAAGUGUUUGGUUUGUUUGACCCAGAUUUCUCACCUACCCCGCAAUUGAUAAAUUGGAUAUCCGGAGGCAGCCUUGUGCAACUAUUCAAUGUAGUUUCUAUGUAGCGAGCAGCGCCCUCUGCUGAGUUAUACCCGUGUUGCACAUGAUUUGUUUUUCAAAUCUACAGCGCUUUACAGCCAUGUGAAAAAUUUAACAGCCUGUUUUCCUAACAUAUGGGGACAUAUGGGUUCUAAUGAUUCAUUUUAAAAACUGAGAAAAUUUCAAGUAAAAAUAAUCAAGCAAGUAAGACUUAAAAAAAAAAAAUAAAAUAAAAUUUUGGUGUGGAAUAAAUUAGGAACACUCCCACAUUUAGUUCCAUGAAUGUAAAAUAGCUAAAAUCACGUCAAGAACACAAGAUUAUAACAGGAGGUCUUUAAAGGAGGUUUGUCUUUUUGAACCUGAGACAUUUAGUUGAUGUUAUAGCUGUCUGGAAAAAAACCUCAAAUUAGAAGCACGGAGGGGAAAAUCUCAUGGCUUGGGAAUGCCUUAUCUAUCUAAACAGCUCUACAUCACUUUCCCCAUGGAUUGUGCCAUCUGUUGAAGGGUGCUUGCUGAACACGUGAGAUCAUCUGUCAAAAUGAAAAAAAGCUAUUGCACUCUGUAGUGAGAAAUCAGAUAAAAAGGCCUUCAACAGUGCUUUGCGCAUGCAGCUUGAUUUGAACGUUUUUACCAAUAGAUCUUCCUGCUUUGUUUAUUUUACCAUGAGAUUGUAGGUUCUUUGAAGGCCAGUAUUGGUACCAUUAUUUCGGUGUGACUUCACAGAGCUCUGCUCGUCUCCUGUCACGGUCCGAAAACCUCUGCAUGCACCCACAGUCAAAUUCUUUCAAACUCACUCAGGUCUGGAGGAAUGUUGAGUGUCUCUAGCCCUUCUCCCUGGAGAUUAGAGCUCCCCAUGCAUGGCCUCUCUCCUCUCCUCAAACUCAUUCCAUAGUGUGCCCCCUAAGAGCUGCUGCAUUUUUAUCUGAGCCCGGUGAUUGUGACAGAUUGGGCCAAUGAUGCACGCACACACACACACACACACACACACACAUCAGUACACAUUUGUGUACACACAUGUUCAAGGCUCUAUCAGAGGGGAGGUUGCUUUGCCUAGGGAGGGACAGACAGUGCCAGGCUUGGGGUAUAAAACCCUCCCAGGAUGAAACCAGAGUCCUCCCCUAAGCUGGACUCUUUCUCAGUCCUUUGUGCUAGGACACUGUCAGGACCGGCAGCAGACGAGCCGCCAGCAUGAAUGACAUCUACAAAGCAGCGGUUGAACAGCUGACAGAUGAACAGAAAAAUGAGUUCAAGGCCGCCUUCGACAUCUUUGUGCAAGAUGCAGAGGAUGGCUGCAUCAGCACCAAGGAGCUGGGGAAGGUCAUGAGGAUGCUCGGUCAGAACCCCACGCCAGAGGAGCUGCAGGAGAUGAUAGACGAGGUGGAUGAAGAUGGGAGCGGCACAGUGGACUUUGAUGAGUUCCUGGUCAUGAUGGUGAGAUGCAUGAAGGACGACAGCAAAGGGAAGACAGAAGAAGAGCUCGCUGAGCUCUUCAGGAUGUUUGACAAAAAUGCAGACGGUUACAUCGACCUGGAUGAGCUGAAAAUGAUGCUGGAGUCCACAGGAGAAGCGAUCACUGAGGAUGAUAUUGAAGAGCUGAUGAAAGACGGGGACAAGAACAACGAUGGCAAAAUUGACUAUGAUGAAUUCUUGGAGUUCAUGAAAGGAGUGGAGUAACCUUGAACUGGAGAGGAUACAAGUUAUUUUGAGUGUCACUGUGACUCCACAGUCAUCUGUGGAAAACUGGAUUUGGCUGCAGUUGAUGGAAAACAACGGGUCAGCAUUGCAAACACUGUAUCUGAUUUUUUUCUCUUUUUUUUUUUUUGUCUUUUGUAUUUUCUACCAUAUCUUCCAUUGUUGAAGACACAA